AGUAGGCAAAUACGACUGGACACUAUGAUGCUCGGUGCUCGUGGAACAUGUGUUUCUGCCACACACUGCCACAUACUGCCUACGCUACGUGUGAAGCGAGGUAACUCUCCCUACCUACGCCGCCACUCGCCCACUCCACAGCACAGAGUACCAGAACACGCGCACACACGCAGAGAGAGAGAGAGAGAGAGAGAGAGAGAGAGAGAGAUGGCGGCCGGUGGCAUGAGCAGGGAGGAGAGGUGGAGCCUGGCCGGCGCGACGGCGCUCGUCACCGGCGGCAGCAAAGGGAUCGGCCACGCGAUCGUGGAGGAGCUGGCGGGGCACGGGGCGCGGGUGCACACGUGCUCCCGGAGCGCGGCGGAGCUGGAGGAGUGCCGCCGCCGGUGGGAGGCCAAGGGGCUCCCGGUCACCGUCUCCGUCUGCGACGUCUCCCUGCGCGCCCACAGGGAGCAGCUCGUGGAGACGGCCAAGCAAGUCUUCGACGGCAAGCUCGACAUACUGGUGAACAACGCGGCGCAGAUUCUAGCCAAGCCGGGCGUGGAGUGGACAUCGGAGGAGUACUCGCACCUCAUGGCAACCAACCUAGAGUCGUGCUUCCACCUGAGCCAGCUCGCGCACCCCUUGCUCCUCGGGGCCUCCAUCGCUGGAGGAGGGAGCAUUGUCAACAUAUCCUCCCUUGGGGGCACACUUGGGUUCCCGGGCCUCGCAAUUUACAGUAUGACAAAAGGAGGAAUUAACCAGCUUACAAGGAGCCUUGCUACCGAAUGGGCCCAGAACAAGAUCCGAGUGAAUUGCGUCGCCCCGGGCGCGACCAAGAGUGACAUGUUAAACAGUCUUCCACCGGAAAUUAAAGAGACCGAGUUGGCGAGGACUCCGAUGCGGCGGGCAGGCGAGCCAGAGGAGGUGGCCGCAGUGGUGUCGUUCCUCUGCAUGCCGGCGGCAUCUUUCGUCACCGGCCAAGUCAUCGCUGUCGAUGGUGGUCGAACAAUUAGUGCGUAGUUAAUUAUUAAGAGGGCCUCAUCGAUUAAACUCUUGUGCAUGCAGAUUCAGUAAUAAAGUAGCAAGUAGUUAGCAAGCACCUGAGUGUUGUCCACUAGUACAAUUAUUUUGCUACAUUGUUGUUAGUUUUUAAUGUAUUUCUAAAGUAGAUUUGUCUA